AUGUCGACCCAACAACCACCAACACCCAAAGCAUCGCGCAACUCGAAGCGAUCGCAGAAGAAACAAAACAGCGCCCCUUCUGCUGAACCUAGGGGCGCAUUACUGACAACACCCCCUUCAUCACCGCCCGUGAGCUCGAGCCCCGGAGUCGCCUUUGCUACGGAUGGGGCCAUGUUCAACGGAGACGUUAACGGUAAUGCUUCUUCUCGAAAGAAGAAUGGGACGCGUUCGACCAAGAAAACCAAAGAAAACUCUCGACCAAACAAUAUUACGCAAAACUCGACCUCGAAUCAUCGACACACCUCAUCCCAGCCCAGCAUAGCUUCACCACCCCCGCUCAAGGAUAGUCCGCACUAUGCUGGCCCGACUUUCCAUGCGUCUCCUGCACCAUCUGCGCUGCCUAUGCCUUCAUUCUUCUCCAAGUCGGUCCCUGAUUCUGGCCUUGCGACCGCGCUAGAACUCGACAGUGAAGCAGAUGCCGAGACUGAAACUGAACCUGAACUUGAUAUGACACCCUCGAAGCCCAAGGCCGCCGUGGCUCAUUCGAAUCAUGAGCCGUCUCCACUGGAUUUUCUUUUCAAGGCUGCGAUCGAUGCGAGGAGUAAAGCUCAGCAGAGUCCUGAAGUGACAAAAAGCAGGACUCCAAACACUGACUCCAAGGCCUACCAACGACCACACAGCUCUGCGAAUGGCAUAUUUUCUCUCGAACUCGAUGAGCCGGAACGAAACAUGAUGCCAAUCGGCCCGGCUUUUGCUACUCCGUACAAGGACAGAAUGAAUGCACUUCGGCCCAGUGGUGUUCACUCUCAGUCCACAGGCGAUCUGAACGAUGCCCACCGGAGGAUGAAGACGGAAGAGCUCAAGAAUUUACUGCUAAAUCCUAAGCCUCAGCGUCCUGCUUCUGCAUCACCUCAGCCAUUAGAAGCACACCGUGGCACUGUUCACGGUGCCAACAUGAACUACGAUUCCCCGCUGCAGACUUCUUCCGGGCCUCCUACACCCAUGUCUGCCUACACCCAGCGGGAUACGCGAUUUGCAAAUGUAGGAAAGAUCAAUUAUCACUCUGCGUAUGCCAACGGCACCGCUAUUCCACCUCGAAACGCCUCAUCUGCAUUGCGCCAGGAGUUCUCGCCUAACGCCAAACCAGUGAACGCCGGCCGAAUGCCACAUGGUCCUUAUUUUCAGCCACCUUACCAAGGCUUUUCUAUCCCGCAGCAGCGACACAAUCAACCACCUCCUCAGGGCACGAACUUCCAUCCCUCUCAGUCUCAGCCGGGAGGACUUGAUACGAAGAAAAUGGAGGACGACCUAAAGCGAGUCCUCAAACUUGAUCUGUCGAGCAACAUUCAGCCAAACGGAAUGCAAAGUUCCCUGGCAUAA